AUGCCUUCUACGAAAGUCGCUGCUCUUUCUGCUGUCCUAGCUCUAGCCUCCACGGUCGCUGGCCACGGCUUUGUGCAAAACAUUGUUAUCGGUGGCAAAUCCUACUCUGGAUAUCUCGUGAACCAGUUCCCUUACCAGUCCAACCCGCCAGCUGUCAUUGGGUGGGCAACCACUGCAACAGACUUGGGAUUCGUCGAUCCCACUAAGUACACCAGUGCAGACAUCAUCUGCCACAGGAAUGCCGUACCCGGUGCGAUUUCUGCUCCAGUUGUCGCAGGAGGCACUGUCGAGCUCCAAUGGACUACAUGGCCCGGAAGCCACCACGGUCCCGUUAUCAGCUAUCUCGCCAACUGCAAUGGCAACUGCUCUACCGUGGACAAGACAAAGCUGAACUUUGUCAAGAUAGAGGAAGGUGGUCUGAUCAACGACAACCCCGUCCCAGGAACAUGGGCUUCCGACCAACUCAUCGCCGCCAACAACAGCUGGACUGUAAAAAUCCCUGCCACUAUCGCACCUGGAAACUAUGUCUUGCGCCACGAAAUCAUCGCUCUUCACUCUGCCCAAAACACAGACGGAGCCCAAAACUACCCUCAAUGCAUCAACUUGCAGAUCACUGGAAGCGGUACCGCCAAUCCCGCUGGUACUGCUGGUGAAAAACUCUACACCCCAACCGACCCAGGUAUCUUGGUCAACAUCUAUCAAUCCUUGUCGACCUAUGUUAUUCCUGGACCAACUCUUUGGAGUGGUGCUGCAGUUGGUGCUGCUGCCGCUGCUCCUACCACAUUUGUGACCGCCGUCGCUACUCACGCGCCCCCUGCUUCGCCUACUAUUGCCACCUCUGUCUUGAACUCCGUCGCUCCUUCAGUGACUUCCUUCGUCCCUGUCGUGACUGUUACUGAUGUAGUUACCGUGACUACCGUCAUCACUACUACCGUCUUUUAA